AUGGAUGAAGGAUUGAUUGCUACGAUUAAUAAAUUGCAGGAUGCUCUUGCUCCCUUAGGAGGAGGCUCCGCCUCACCAGUCGAUUUGCCACAAAUCACCGUUGUCGGAUCACAAUCUUCAGGUAAAUCUUCAGUUUUGGAAAACAUCGUCGGUAGAGAUUUCUUACCUAGAGGUACCGGUAUUGUCACUAGACGUCCCUUGGUGUUACAGUUGACAAACAGGAGAGCUACGCCAAAGGAUAAGAAAGAUUUGUUGGAUCUUCAAGCCAGCGAAAGUAGCGAGAAUGGCAACCAAAAGGAGGAUAACGUUGACGAAUGGGGUGAAUUUUUGCAUUUGCCAGGUAAAAAGUUUUACAACUUUGAAGAUAUCAGAAAUGAGAUUGUCCGUGAGACGGAUGCCAAGACUGGUAAGAAUUUGGGUAUUUCCCCAGUUCCAAUCAACUUGAGAAUCUACUCGCCACAUGUGUUGACUUUGACCUUGGUCGAUUUACCAGGUUUGACCAAAGUCCCCGUUGGUGACCAACCAAAGGAUAUUGAAAAACAAAUUAGGGAUAUGAUUAUGAAGUUUAUUUCCAAACCCAAUGCCAUCAUCUUAUCAGUCAAUGCAGCAAACACAGAUUUGGCCAACUCGGAUGGGUUAAAAUUGGCUAGGGAGGUUGACCCCGAAGGUUCGAGAACAAUUGGUGUUUUAACAAAAGUCGACUUGAUGGACCAAGGUACCGAUGUGAUUGAUAUUUUGGCUGGUAGAGUUAUUCCAUUAAGAUUUGGAUAUGUGCCAGUAAUCAACAGAGGACAAAAGGAUAUCGAAACCAGAAAAACAAUUAGAGAAGCAUUACAAAAUGAGCAACGUUUCUUUGAAAACCAUCCCUCAUAUAGAGCCAAGGCACAAUUUUGCGGUACACCAUACUUGGCCAAGAAAUUGAAUGGUAUCUUGUUACACCACAUCAAGAGCACUUUACCGGAUAUCAAGAUGAAGAUUGAACACUCACUUAAGAAGUAUUCGGCUGAGUUGAGUAUGUUGGGACCAGAGAUGGCAGAGUCGCCUGCCUCUAUUGCGUUGAGCAUGAUUACUAGCUUUGCCAAGGACUAUAACGGUAUUCUUGAUGGUGAGUCCAAAGAGUUGAGCUCGCAAGAAUUGAGUGGUGGUGCUCGUAUAUCCUUUGUGUUUCACGAGAUUUUCAAGAAUGGUAUCAAUGCAUUAGACCCAUACGAUCAGAUCAAAGAUGCUGAUAUUAGAACCAUUUUGCACAAUACCUCUGGUUCUGCGCCAUCGCUUUUCGUUGGUACUUCCGCGUUUACUGUUUUAGUUAAGCAACAAAUUAAGAGAAUGGAGGAACCGGCUAUUAGAUGUAUCAACUUGAUCUUUGAUGAAUUGGUUAGGAUUUUGUCACAAAUCAUUAAUCAUCCACAGUACACAAGGUACCCACAAUUGAAAGAACAAUUGUCCAAUCAUUUUAUCCAGUAUUUGAGAGAAGCAUUAAUUCCCACCAAUGAGUUUGUCACCGAUAUCAUCAAGGCUGAAGAGACAUAUGUCAAUACUGCGCAUCCAGAUUUAUUGACUGGUACGCAAGCCAUGGCGUAUGUUGAGGAAAAAUUCCAUCCAAAACCACAAAUCCAAGUUGAUCCAAAGACUGGUAAGCCAUUACCUAAUCAGCAACAAGCACAGCAAAUGCAACAUCAACAACAACUAGCUGCACAACACUCAAAGAUUGAUGACUCUGGGUCAUCAUCUUCUUCUUCUUCCAAUGGGUUCUUUGGUGGCUUUUUCUCGUCAAAGAACAAAAAGAGAUUACAGCAAAUGGAGGCUCCACCACCGGUGUUGAGGGCUACAGGAACAAUGACGGAGAGGGAAACCAUGGAGACUGAGGUGAUUAAGUUGUUGAUCUCCUCGUAUUUCAACAUCGUCAAGAGGACGGUUGCUGAUGUGGUUCCCAAAGCCAUCAUGUUGAAAUUGAUCAACAAGUCUAAAGAUGACAUACAGAAGGAAUUAUUGGAGAAAUUGUAUAGUAAUCCCGAGUUGCCUGAUUUGGUUAAGGAGAAUGAGUUGACUAUACAAAAGAGGAAGGAAUGUAUUAGAAUGGUUGAAGUGUUGAGAAAUGCCAGCGAGAUAGUUGCCAGUGUUUAG